CUCAUGCUGUAUAGACAAAAAGAUGAAUAUGCAAACUUACGAAUUUACAUUAGAGAAUCGAGUUCGCUUCCAUGAAUUCCUCGUAAAAGAAGAUUUAACUGAUGUUACUUUGGUGUGCGAAAAACGAAUUAUCAGAUGUCACAAGCUCCUACUAGCUGCAUCCAGUCAGUAUUUUCAUGAACUGUUUUCAAUGCUCGGUGAGGCGAAUCCAACAAUAGUUCUUAAGGACAUCACGCUAGUACAGCUUACAAAAAUUCUCGAGUACAUCUAUUGUGGAAAAGCGAGUGUUCCUGCAAAUGAGUUGAAUGAUUUCAAAAAUGCUGCUGAAUACUUCCAAAUGAGUGUCUGUCUUAAUGCUGAAGCACCUGUCAAUUUACUUAACCAAAGCAUAGCUGAAUUCAUGAGUCAAGAGACGACAGUUGGAAAUCUUACAUUAGAUUCAUUUAGACUGCAAGAUAGUGAUUCUGAUUGCACCUUUACUGAAGGUGAGAGUCCAAAGGAACCGGAGUCAAAGAAACUUAAAUUGACAGAUACGUUUGGGAUCUUUCAAGAGAUGCGAGGACGUGAAUCUACUAGAGUUGACAUUAAGAAAAGGAACUACUUUGAAUUUUCAGACCAGCAAAUGAAAAAAGUUGCAUUCGAAGCUCAAAGCUUUAUGAACAGUAGGGAUCAGCUAAAACCAAAACGAACAUGCUUCAAUUAAGCAUUAAAAUAAUUAUAUCCUGCAAAAAGUCAAUCAACUAAUUCAUUUAAUUAAAUUUUUCAUCUUUAUUAUCAUUCAUCAAAAAUUACAGCAACAAAUUUUUAUAUCC